AUUAAUUAAUGGUUUUUUAUAUAAUUGGUUUAGGACUUGGUGAUCAUUAAGAUAUUACAAUCAAAGGACUUGAGGUAUAGUAUAAGUAUAAAUAAGGCUGUAAAAACAUGCAAAGAAAUCUAUUUAGAAAGUUAUACAUCAAUUCUUGGAAUCAAUAAAUAAAAACUAUAAGAUUUUUAUGGAAAAGAAGUAAUUGAAGCAGAUAGAGAAUGUUGUGAAACUGGAAUAGAUAGAAUACUUGAAAAUGUUUCUACAGAUCCUUAAAAUAAUUAUGCAUUUUUAGUUGUUGGAGAUCCAUUUUGUGCUACUACACAUACAGAUCUAUUUUUAAGAGCAAUAAAAUUAGGAAUAAAAGUAGAAGUGAUUCAUAAUGCUUCAAUUAUUAAUGCUAUUGGUUGCACUGGUUUAUAAGUUUAUAGAUUUGGGGAAACAGUAUCUGUACCAUUUUUUACUGAAAAAUGGAGGCCUUAUAGUUUUUAUCCAAAAAUUAAGGCUAAUUUAGAUCAUAAUUUACAUACUUUAGUUCUUCUAGAUAUAAAAGUAAAAGAAAUUUCAGAAGAAAAUUUAGCUAGAGGAAAAAAAAUAUAUGAAGCUCCUAGAUUUAUGAGCACUCAAAUAGCAGUUGAAUAAAUAAUAGAAUCUGAUAAAUAAUUAGGUUUAAAUGCAAUAGAUGAAAAGACUAAAUGUUUUGGUGUAGCUAGAGUUGGAUUUGAGAGUUAAAAAGUAAAUAUUAAUUAUAUAAUGAGAUUAUUUCUGGAUUUUUGCAUGAGUUUUUAGAAAUAGAUAUGGGAGCACCUUUACAUUCAUUUGUAAUUUGUGCAAAGGAAUUACAUCCAAUAGAAGAAGAAAUGUUUUAGUUUUAUAGAAACAAUUAACAAAAAAUAGAUUGA